GUGCCACCGGUCGCGAUAGAUUCACGUGCAUCGUGUCGAUCCGGAUCGAGCGAGCACAGUCGCGAGAGCUCAGGGGGUGUCCGAGAGGUCGGUACGAUCGCAACGAGACCCUCGGAGCGAGAGGAGUCACGAGUCACCAGCACCGAGCGAAACCAACGCUCCGACAACGUGCGGGAUUUUGGCGGAAGUUCGACAGAAGAGGGAGCUCCGCGGAAUUUCGCGGAGAGGAAGGCGCGAUCGCGAGUCGUUCGGGCUCACGGGGAAAAAAAACGGCGGUAUGAAACUUGCAUCCGGACGAUGAUUUUCUCGCGUUCGUGAUCGAAUGGGACAACGUGGGAAAAUCGAGAGGAAGAAUCAGACUCUGAGGAAGAUUUUCUCCCCUGGUCCUCGUCUAGGCACGUUCCUAAAUCACGUUCAUCGACCGCAGGGAAGUUUGACCUGGUUGUGGUCGGAGCCGUGAACGGCGCCAGGCAUGGCGAGGAGCAACGGAUGCGACCGCUGUUCCGAGCGCACCGUCCUCGUCGUCCGUCGCUGCGAUGCCGCCGUCGCGUCACGUGGUAAGGCAACGUCCCAGCAGCGCGAAUCGAUCGGCGUCGGUAACGGCGGCAGCGUCCAGCAACGUAGCAACGACGACAGCACCGGGAACAGCAACGGAACCGGGACCAUCAGCAAUCACAGUCAAGAGGGUACGGCCGAUUAGAGUCGCCCCCUUAGAUCAUCCGGACGCGGCGCACUUCAGAAUUAACAGAACGAGAGGGUGAACGCAUCUCGCAGGAUGAGUCCGUGCGCGGUCUACUUUUCCCAGCUGCGGGCGAUGCUCGUAAGAAAUCUCCUGCUGAAGCAACGCGAUAAGCGGAAAACAAUGGCGGAGAUCUUUCUACCCCUCUAUAUCCUUGGAGCUCUGAUCGUGCUCAAGGUCUGCAUACCGAAUCCGAACUAUCCCGCGAUCACGAAGUCGAAAUACGAAAUGGAUAUAGUCGAAUUUUUCAACGGUUCCAAGAACAUCACGAUAGCCGUGGUGCCCAAUUCUACGGAGACUCUCAAUUUCUUGAGCCACAUGAACACCCUGUGGCUCGAUACGUGGGACCAUAAUCCCAAUAAGCUACCCUUGAACUUUAUGGUGUUCGACACGAAGGACAAUCUCCAGGCGGCAUACUGGAGAGAUCCGUACAGCGUGCCCAUGGCGGUUAUCUUCGAGGAUCCUCAGCCGAUAUCGCAGCGUCUCAUGUAUGAAAUCAGAACGAAUCCUUCAUAUAUCUCACUGCCUUCGCCAACCGAACUCUACUCCUCUGCGGUCAAUUGUCGUAAAGGCACCCACGACCAAUUGAUGGGCUUGUUAUCGAUAGAGACCGGCGAAUCCUGUCUUGUCAAUAAUUACAUACGCUCGGGCUUUCUGGCCCUGCAGAUGAUAAUCGAUUUCACGAAGAUCAAAUUAGACACAGAAAAUAAACCCAACAUACACGUGCCGUACUAUCACCUAAUAAUGCUUCCCAAGGAAGCGUACACUGCUGACUGGAUGUUAGCCUUUAGGGUAGUUAUUCCUCUCUACAUGGUCCUGGCGCUCUCACAAUUCAUCACCUAUCUCCUGAUCUUGAUUGUCGGUGAGAAGGAGAAGAAGAUCAAAGAAGGGAUGAAGAUGAUGGGCCUAAACGAUUCUGUGUUUUGGUUGUCUUGGUUCAUCAUCUACGGCAUCUUCGUUUUACUGCUCUCCGCCGUAGCUGUGGUGCUGCUCUUCACUCUGCAGAUGUUCCAACACACGCAUUUUUUGCCGAUAUUCUUUCUGGUGGUUCUAUACAGUUUCUCCGUGAUCACGUUCGCCUUCAUGAUCACGCCGUUCUUUGACAAGUCGCGCACCGCCGGAGUUCUGGGUAACUUUUCUAUCACGACGCUGAGUCUGAUGUACUUCAUUCAGGUGUUCGUUGACGACUCCAGUUCGGUCUCGUUCUGGAUAGUUUCCGUCUUGAGUCCGGCCGGUGUCGCGCUUGCGAUGGACAAGGCUCUGGUGUUGGAUCUGCAGGGCGAGGGAGUGAAUUUCGACAACCUGUGGUCCGGUCCCGGAAUACCCUUCGGCGGUAGCCUCAUCAUGAUGACUCUGGAUAUCUUUCUGUACGCCUGUUUGGCCUACUACUUCGACUCCGUGAUACCAAGUGAAUACGGAACGAAGAGAUCACCGUGGUUCUGUUUUGUUCCUAGAUUCUGGUGCAAGAGAAAAGUGCAAAGAAAUUACUUACAGGUGCCAUCGUCGAACGGCGAGUCGAACUCCUUUAUUCCGGGCGAGGAGGCCAAUCGCGACGUGGAGCCGGUUGUGCGCGAGAUGAAGGGCCGCGAGGCGAUCAGGAUAACCGACCUCUACAAAUCGUAUCACAAAUGCAAGCGUCCUGAGAUCAAGGCGGUGAACGGCAUCAAUCUGACCAUCUACGAGGGCCAGAUCACCGCCAUCCUCGGCCACAACGGCGCCGGCAAGACCACUCUCUUCAACAUACUCACAGGACUGACCGCGCCCACCACCGGCACCGCUCUCAUAUUCGGCCACGACGUGCGCGAUUCCAACGACAUGUGGAUGAUACGCAACAUGACGGGAGUCUGUCCGCAACACGACAUCCUCUUCGAUCUGCUGACGCCGCGCGAGCAUCUCGAGUUUUUCGCCGCGGUGCGCGGCAUCCCGCGCCCGAAGAUACAACACGAAGUGAAGAAAACCUUGAAGGAUAUCGAUCUGGUUGAGAAAGCAGAUUCUUUUGUGAAGUAUCUAAGUGGCGGUCAGAAGAGGAAGCUGUCCGUGGGAAUCGCUAUCAUCGGCGAUCCGAAAAUAAUUAUUCUGGACGAGCCCACUGCCGGAGUGGAUCCUUACUCGAGAAGACAACUGUGGUCUCUCUUGCAGUCGAGGCGACACGGAAAGGUGAUACUGUUGACGACUCAUUUCAUGGACGAGGCGGACAUACUCGCCGACAGAAAGGCGGUGAUCAGUAAGGGAAAACUUCGAUGUUGCGGCAGUUCCCUGUUCCUGAAGAACAAGUUCGGCAUUGGAUACCAUUUAACCUUAGUACUCGAAGGCAACGCCAGAGAACACGCCAUCAAUCGACUAGUGAUAUCGCACGUGAGCAAAGCGGAGAAGGCGAGACGUCACGGCCGGGAAUUGAGCUUUAUCCUACCUCACAAUUCCGUAGAAAACUUCGCACCUCUGUUCUCCGCCAUCGAGCACGAGAUCAAGACCCGUUCCAGCCGGCUCGGCAUCAACAGCUACGGCGUGUCGAUGACCACCCUGGAGGAAGUGUUUCUGCAUCUCGAGAAGGACGAGGAGACCGAGUGCACGAUGGACAAUUUGUCGAAGAAAAUGGUGCGCAAUCGCGCGCUCAGUCGAUCGCUCUCGUUGCAAUCCAAGAGCACGUCGUAUCAGAGUUUACAAAACGAGGGCAUCACCGUUCAAGGCGACAGCCAAGGAAAAACGAGCGAGUUACCGGACGGCGUCCAUAACGAUCGAAAUCCGGCUGUUCUCGGCCUCGGCCUAGACCCCAUUAAGAUCCGGCCUAACUUCCUUCAGACUCUCUACGCCAUGCUACGUAUACGAGUGCUCCGACUCUACAGGAAUAUUCAGCUGCUGUACUUCACGAUUAUCAUGCCACUGGCUCUGAUAACGGUCGGGCUCUACUUACACAGCAUACAAACGGUGGAUCUCAAGAUACAGUCGUUGGAACUCACUACCAAAACAUACGGCGAGAAAACCAAGAUUGUCUACAUAAAUAGUAGCGGAACUGAACUCACCGACUUCAUAAAUAGCAUAGCUCAGGAUGUGACUCUCAUCGAAGAAUACGAUGGCAGUUACGCAGACUUGCUGACCAUCGCACCGAAUCUAGCCGCCUUCAACAUUAGCAAUUACGACAUGCCGCAAAUGGCUCUAACUAUCACGUACAACAGCACGAUGCAACAUUCCCUUCCGAUCUUAGUGAACAUCCUCUCCAACACUUAUCACAAACUGAUCUCGGGCAAAACCGACAUUACGCCGAUCGAAGUGAAAACGCAUCCCUUCCAGAAAACGUCGCAACCCCAAGAGUUCAACAUCGGCACGGCCAGUAGCGCUGUCUUCAUUGGCAUGAAUUUUGUAUUGGUGCCAAUUAUAUUAGCGGUUGAUAUGGUUUACGAUCGCGAGAUCAAGUCAAAGAACCAGCUUCGCGUGAACGGCCUGUCGUUCUUCGUGUACUUCCUCAGCUACUUCAUCGUGCUGAUCGGCCUGAUGAUCAUUAUCUGCUUGUGCAUUCUCGGCAUUAUAUUUCUCUUCGACGUGCCUUCUCUGCAAGAGCUACCGGCGCUCAUCACACUCGGCACACUUCUCAUGCUUUACUGUCCGGCGUCAAUUCUCUUCUCGAGUUGUUUCAGUUACAUGUUCGACAAAACGGAUUCCGCGCAGAGCAUUCUGCCAAACGUCGCGACCUUCGUUGGACUGUUACCGUUCUCUUCCGUCAUUGUUCUCGACAUGCUGGGAGUUGGCGGGACGGCGGCGUUUGCGUUGCACGUGGUCUUCACUCUGCUGAACACCAUGUACGUGCCGUACGCGGCGGUAUACUACGUGGUACGUGUUCACCUGAUGUGUUCCAUCAACGCCGCCUGCCAUCAUCUCACCAUGUGGGACUACCUCACGACGGAGAUUAUAAUAAUGGCUUUCGGUGUGUUGCUACAUAUCCCGCUUUGGUUCUACGUGUUACUUCUGUUGGAUAUCAAGAAGAGCGGCGGCAACGUUAAUCUCUUCAAGCGCAAGAAGAACGUCACGAAUGAAGAAAUAGUCGAGAACACGGACGUUGGCGAGCACGAGGACGCCGAUGUCAAAAACGAGCGACAGAAGGUCUUCAAUCUAAUCACCUCGUCGGCCGUUCAAGAGCCGCCUGUAAUAUUAGUUCAGAAUCUGCGAAAAGAAUAUCGGCAACGCGUGGAGGGAUCGUCUUGCGGCUGCUGUUCGAAGCGCGACGAGGCCGAGAAGAAACCGCCGAAGAUCGCCGUAAGGAAUCUCUCGUUGGCAGUUGAGCCGGGCGAGGUUCUGGGUCUGCUGGGUCACAACGGCGCCGGCAAGACCACGACCAUGAAGAUCAUCAUCGCCGAGGAGACACCGACGAGAGGCAGGGUGCAGAUCGGCGGUCACAAUAUCAAUAGUCACAUAGCCGAAGCUUUCAAACAAAUGGGCUAUUGCCCCCAGCACGACGCUCAAUGGAAGAACAUAACCGUGAGAGAGCAUCUCGAGUGUUACGCCGCGAUUCGCGGUGUUCCGUGGGGCGAUAUCGACAGGAUCGUGGACUUGUAUCUGGCCGGUCUGCAAAUCCACGAACACGCCGACAAACAGAGCCAGGAGUGCUCGGGCGGUACCAAAAGAAAGCUCAGCUUCGCGAUGGCGAUGGUCGGCGGGCCCAAAGUGGUUCUCAUGGACGAACCGAGCACGGGUAUGGAUCCGAAAUCGAAGAGAUUCCUGUGGGACACGAUCCUCGCUAGUUUUCAGGGUGGCAGAGGUGCCAUACUGACCACCCAUUCUAUGGAGGAGGCCGACGCGCUGUGUUCGAGGGUCGGCAUAAUGGUGAAAGGCGAGUUGAGGUGCAUCGGCUCGACGCAACACCUGAAGAACCUUUACGGCGCCGGCUACACUCUGGAGAUGAAGCUGAUGGGUGGCGAUCGCACGCCGACGACACCUUCCGGCGACAGGAUCGCCAGUCUGAAGGAGUUUGUUGCCGGUCUCUUUCCCGACGCAUCUCUGGAAGAGAGUUUCGCCGAUCGACUGGUCUUCGCCGUACCUCAACACGCUGUAACUUCGCUGGCCGAGUGUUUCACGCAGUUGGAAAAGGCUAAGGCCGAACUGGACAUAGAGGAGUACAGCUUUAGUCAAACCACUCUAGAGCAAGUGUUUCUCAAAUUCUCGCACUACGACGACGACGCCGCCAUAGAAUGAUAAUUUUCUCAGUGUCAAUGUGUUGUUGUUACAAAUGAUGAUCAGUGAUGAACUCGCGAAAGAAGUGUUCAUCCGCGCGCGCGCACGCGAGGAAGAGACACGUGCUCGAAGAAAGUUUUCAUCCAAUCAAGGUUUCAAGGAUUUGUUUUAAAGUGUUGAAUAGGGACAGAGAAGAGAGAUGCUAGUCAACGGUUCUAGUAUUAUAUUCCGAAGAAGUGACAAAGUGACACAUCGUCUUGUGCCUUCAAAAUCUUUGGAGAGACAAUGAAGAAAACGAUGAAGGAAGAAAAUCGAAUCGUCGAGGUGGAGAUAGUUAGCAAUUGCAUUUCGAAGUGUGUGUAGCGUCAAGGUGACAGAGAAGAGUCAUUCUGAAACUUGAUUUAGAAGAAAAUGAGGAAGUGAUCUGAUCACGAUGUGGAGGGAGGGGGGGGGGAGAAAAACAGUUAUUCGAGAAUUGUAGCGUUCACGACGAUCGAAUCGAACAAUUUACUUGAUUCGUGAAGUUCGUUUUACCGGAGAAGUAAUUAGAAAAUUGUAGACGUCGAAGAAAACAAUUUUAUUAGUCGGAAAUGGUCGCGUUGUGCUUAGAGAAAAAGAAAAACGAGUGACUUUGCAAUUCUAGACUCGUUGAAGGAAAAGAACGAAGCAAAAAUAAAAAACAAAAAAAAAAAAAAAUAAAAAAUAAAUAAAAAACAAAACGAUAAGAGAAUAAAAAUUAGCCAAUCGUCUCGGCGUUGCGUUCAACACACAGCGGUGAAUUGAGAUGAAAAUUAAAUAGGGAUUGAUACAAAAAAAAAAAAAAAAAAAAAAAAAAAAAAAAAAAAAAACGAUCACCGAGAUAGCUGUACUUACAACUGUAGAUUCGCGCGAUUCAGGAAGAAUAUUAUAAAAGAAGCAACUAGUCGCUUUGUAGCUCCAAACUGUUUGACGGAACGACAAAGGGACGACGGAAUGAGGGAACAGAGAGAGUUUACUAGUUCUAAUACGUGCGGUCUCGAGAGAAUAUUAAAGCCACAAGUCGCCUUGUAGCUCCAUACUGAUGUAGAAAACUACGGAAGAGCUGUUAGAUAGCAAGGUGGGACUUCGAAGGAACAUAUUGUAAAAGUGUGUGAGAGAGAGAGAGAGAGAAAGAGGCUCGACUCUGUAUGUAAACGCAGUCAAGCUUUACACAACAGUGAGAGAAAAAAAAGAGAGAGAGAGAGAGAGAGAGAGAGAGAGAGAGAGAGAGAGAGAGAAUGUGUGCGCAUGUGUGUGUAUGUCGUGAGUUGAUUCUGUAUAAUAUAUCGGAGGAACAAUAGAGAGAAUUCACCAAUUUAAAGAUAACAAAGAAACAUCUCGAUGCCGCAAAAUGUCCGACGAGUAAAUAAGAAAAUAAAAGGAACAAUCUGUUGUAGUUCUCAUUGUGUGUUUUUCGAAGAAGACACGAAGUGAGAGAAGACAGAACGACAGGAGGAAGACACAAAGCCGUCCUUUUUCGGCUACGAACUGCUGGAACGAUUGAUCGAUAGAACACUUAGGAAACAAGUAGAAACCCUAAUAAUAGAGCGUUGUGUGCUUUGCGGGAGAAUGUCAGGUCGAACACAGGGUGAACGUGUGAACGAUCAGAGAGAAAGAGAAAGAAAGAUUGACUUAUAUAUAUAUAUAUAUCGCUAUAUUCAAAACGAACGCGCGCGUGUAUCAGCGCGCGGGAAGAAACUCUCCAUAAGAAAAAAUUCCUCGUGUAUUUAAUCUGUAAAUAGUCUCUCGCGGACACAUAGUCGUGGAUAUUGUUAGUCGCGAUUGUUCGAGCUCCCGUUUUACGACGGAAGUGGAACCACCCACCCGGUUACCCGCGCUGCGGUUUACAAUCCGCGUUUUUCUCCACGAGAAAGAACGCGUUUUACUUCUCUGUCUCUUAUCGGCGUUGUUUUGUAACGUGUAAUACAGUGCGAUACACACACACACAUUGAGAUGUAUAUAUAUGUUAAUAUAUAUAUAUAUACAUAUAUAUAUAUAUAUAUAUAUUAAUACUGUAAUGUACAUUACGGUAGACUACGUAAAUCGCGUAAAUCUCUCGGUAGAGCUUCUUCAGCUCGUCGGAGGAUGAAAUGUAUUCUCCGGGUUGUAAACGCAGCGUGUCGCACAUGUACGUGGUGGCGUUGUCCAUUUUCGCGCGCGCGCUCGCGCGCGAUAAACUUUAUUGGUAAAAUAAAAACGAAUUCUCGUAACCGGUAUUGCGUGUGCGAUGGAACUGGACCGUCGCGUCCUCGGGCAGGACACGGUUUGUUUUGUAACGGGAGAGCGCGCCGAAAAUAAUCGACGACGGAUCGGUUCGAGAAGAACGACGUCCGGCGACACUUUCGAUCCUCCAAUUUUGUGACCGACCUCUUUUCUCCCACCUCAUAUAUAUAUAUAUAUGUACGCAACAUUGAAGAGAGGUUUUUUUUGACCUCAGUGAUUGAAACGUUAAGACGUACACGCGCGAGUACGCGCUUUAAAAAAACUGGCUUGCGUCAUUAUCUCCGUAUAAAAUUUUCAUUUGCGAUGUGCGCGACCAUCGCAGAAUAAAAAAAAAAAAAGAAAAAAAAAGUGCAAUUGUUCCUAAAGAAAGAACUCUACGAGGUGCUAGAACGACGCGCAUCUUCUGCCGCCAUUAUUUUUUCAAUGACACAAUUCGACACACGAUGUUAAUUUUCACAAAUCUCCCCUCCGCGUCGUUACUUGCUUCUCGAACAACCCUCGCGCAUUUUCUAUAUAUUAAAAAAUAUAUCCUCCCCUCCUCGCCGCGUCCUCCCUUUCAAGAAAAGGACCGCACUCCUCACUGAAGAAACGUAUAAAGAAUGACGGCUUGUAGUCUCGAGAGCGCGGAAUCUAUAUAGAAACGUUUUUCUUAUGUGAUAACAAUCAUAUAACGGGACACUCUUUACUGUUAUCAAACAAACAUCGAUCGAAAAUACACCGAACGAUUCUGAGAGAAAGAGAGAGAGAGAGAAACAAAGCAGCAAUUAAACAAUUUUUUGCUACGAUUUUGCGGAUUUAACUCUUUGCACGCGACGAGAACAUGUUCCAUGUGUAUGAAACGAGGUUUAAAUUAAUUAAAUUAAUAAAAAGAAUUGCUUGUCACUAUCAAGAAGCAGUCUCUACCCGCUGUGUUUUCACCUAAUUUCGAAACAUUUCGCGAAAGAGACGUUGUGUGUGAUAAUUGUAUAAUAAUUAAGUGACUUUAUUAGAGCGAUGUGUUUUUAAGUAACUUAAUAAUAUGAUAAUUCGUAAGAAUCGCGAAGAAAAAAACAGAAACGAGAAAUAUAUCCCAUGUGAUGUUAGAUAGGUCAAUAGUGUUUAAACGCGAUAUUAAAUAAUUUUAUCCAAGUAUAAAUAUUUACGAUGUGUGAUUGAUUCGUCAAGUUGUGUCACAACUCAAAACAGUUUCCCGAUUGCAAAGAGUUAAAAUAAAAAAAAUUAGUUUCUCGUCGGAGAACAACGUCGCGCGUAUUUUUUUUUUUUUUUUUUUUUCCCCAAUCAGCGCUGACUGAUCGCGCGACAUCAAGCAAUACAUAUGAGAAAUUUAAAAAAAAAAACUUAGAUACAAAUACACAUAAAUGUAAUAAACAAAAAAAUCAAGGCAUGAAUAGUAAAGGGCGUCAAUUACAAACGCGAUCGAUCAGAUCGGGAGAAACAUUUUAGUCCUCUUUCAGUGAACGAGAAUUAUUUACGAUCCAUCCGUGAAUUGAUUCGUAUAUAUUGUUUACAAAUAUUAUAUAUACAUAUAUAAAUAUAUAUGUUGUACAGACUAUUCCAAGUUUGCUACUUUCUUGACUCCACGCUGGAUGUACUUCUUGAAGAUGAUUGUAGAUCAAUUUUUUUCUUCGAUUAGGAUUUUGCGAAAUGACAAAAAUCGAUCAUCUACUCUCUUGUUCGAUGUUUCAACCUUCUGAUAGAUUUGUAUAUAUGCGGUGCCUUGUAAUAUAAAUUCUUUUCGUUUGCUACACACGUAGAGUCACCGAGGAGCUUGAAUUUUUUCAGAUUUUAAAUGUUGACGAGUUUAAAUUUUUGACGACACACUAGAUUUUUGUGCGUAGUUUUCUUUCAUAAAAAAAAAAAAAAAAAAAAACAAGAGAGAAAAGAGACGAACAUGGAAUAGCUUGUACACACUAUGUUAUAAAUAAUAAUUGUCGCAACAUUAUUAUAGAAUAUAACUUGAAAAAGGGAAUUACGUUCCCGUGUAUAUACUUUCUUGGUCUUGUAAAAAAAAGAGAGAGAGAGAGAGAGAGAGAGAGAAGUAAUAUGCUUUUUAUACAAAAUAUUGUUCUCACCGAGAGUUUAGAGAGAAUUUCGCUUUUAUUGAUUUAUAUAUAAAUUACCAGGGAGGAGCGAUAAACAUUUCUUAUCGUCCGAGUUUUCAAGUUACGUAGUCGAAUUGAAAUAAAUUCUAUCUAACAUAAAAAAACAAAAAAAAAAACAAAAAAAAAACAAAAAAAAAAAAUGACGAACUUAUCUCUCUAUCGUAAACUAGUGAGAUUUAUAUGGAAAUCAAAUAUUCAUAACGAAAUUUUUGACGUUCUUCUGCGUUAACAUGUAUAACACAUGUAAGUGAUAUUUAUUUAAAAUUCUCCGCAUUUAUAAUUUUAAUUGUUUUUUAGACUGUAAUUUAUAUAUAAACAUAGUUAUUGUGCUCAUUUGUUUAUCGUUUCGUAAAAUAUUGUUAUUAUUCUCUACAUAACUCUCCUUGAGUUGUAACAUCAUUGUUUAGUUUUAUUAUAUACACGAUCGCGCACAUGCAUCUAAGAAACAUAAUUCGCGUGCAGAAGAAAAAAAAUCGCGAAUCGUUUUACAAGCGAGAAAAAACAAAGAAGUGUCACAUAGCCGAAGAUUUUGAAAAGCUUUCUGUUUAAAUAAUAAUCCGUAUUAUCACAUCCCAGCGAUAAAUGAGCGGACUAGAAAAAAUGGACAGUGAUUCAACUUGCAAAAUUGAUUUUUCUGAUUCUCGAAGAUUAGUGACAUUUUUUGUUAAAAGCGUUUGAAUUGUUUUGCCACGCGACGUAGGUAUAUCUUUUAUCGUUGAAUGUUUUUUUUUUUUUUUGCACAAAAAACAAAACGCGCUGAUUCAAACUUUAAAUACGCGCGCACGAAAUAUUAAUUUGAGAAAAAAAACAAAUAUAAAACAAAGAAUUUGAAUACACGACUCAAAACAUUUUUUUUCAAACACAUUGAUAUGACUCGUUUCGAACAUCAGAAAAUCACAAUUUUGCAAAAUAAAUUUCUGUUAAUUUUUUCUUCUGCUGGUUUUUUUUUGUUUUUUUUUUACAGUAGUUGCACGUACUCCUACUCUAGCGUAUCUCGAUAUGAAGUUUUAUUCAAUAUACAUAUAUAUAUAAAUAUACAUAUAUAUACACGUCGGAUGAUUGCCUGUCCAUAGUAUUUAUUGGCCGUUCUGUAUCAGGAUUGGCGGAUUGGAUUUCCGCGAAAAGAAGUAACUUUGUAAACAAAACACACACAAUCUAUAGAUCGAAAGAUAGGCUUUUCUCGUUGAUACUUUCAAGCUUGUGUAGAACUGUUUCUUAGGAUUUUCAACAAAUUUCUUAAGAUAGAAUAAAAAUCCGAAAGAAUUUCGUACAAGAAGUUUGUUCGCAUUGAAUCAUUUAAUUCUCUCUCUGUGAUCCUGUUUUCCAAAAUUUUAUCCUUUAUUUAUUAAAAAAAAACACAUUCUACACAACGAUACCUUCUUUGUUCAUUACAACGUACUUCGUAGUUUCGUUUAUAUAAAACGUGCUUUUCGAUCACUCAGCGUAGUGGAAAAGGAAUUGAAAUUUUCACGAGUAAAAAUAAAAUAUACAUGUAUAUAAAAAGACAUUUAUAAAAUACAAAGUAAACAAACAAACAUUUAGAGAAUGUGUCUCACUAGAGUUUACAAAUCCUUACAUACUGCGAAGUGAUUAUAUAUGUAGAAAUAUCUCUGCACAUAUGUGGAUGAUUGACAAAUCACGUGGUCUUCUUCAAACAGACAAAGGUUUUAUUUCAUUAUAAUCACUGUAAAUUUUUUAUUGCAUAUCUACAUCAUUGUAUUUUUAAUUUUUUCUAAAGUAAUAUUUAGAAAAAAGAUUUAUUCCCAUAAGUAUGUUUUCACGAGAUUAUGAGUAUGUACAAAAAUGUUUGUCGCUUAUAUUUACACAACCUUACAACUAUACUUUGAAACUUCAUCCCGAAACCGAAAGUACCGGUUCUGAACGAGAAUAAAAUAAACGUAAAUAGAAAAAAAAAAAA